CGCUGUCCUGGACAUGGAACUCCGUCCAAGCGUUUCCACUUAUGUCGGUCAUGUCGAAGCAUUUCUAACAGAAACGGACAGACUUAUAAAUAUCCAUAUGAGAGCAGAACCAAUGCCAAGGAGAAACUUUGGCUACGUGCUUCUAGGUGUGGCCAUACUCCGUGGAAGCCAACAACCAAGCACCCUCAUGGCUAACUUCAAUCAGCUUGUACAGGGAAUUAAGCCAGACGCCCUAGUGUACCGAACAACUCUCAAUCGCAAUAUAACGGACCCAAACGUAUGCUGGACUACAGGACCGUCACCCUGGCAGGGACCUGGCAUGCCGUCAAUGCAGUCGUCAUUCGUUGACUCGCUGGCAUUCAGGCAUGUGACUGGGUUCCAACCACUGCCUUUGAAAUCAACGGAAUUGCUCUCCUUCAGCGCUGCGGCCAUAAUAACGACUUACAAAGACAAGGAUUAUAGGAGACCACCCAUUUCUCCAUGCCAGAGUGUCACCCAGGGCAAUCCAAAAGAACUGCUCUGCGAAAAUGGACUAUAUUAUAGGAUAGUAACCGAACAUUUGGAGCACCUUGAAACCGACGCCACUCGAUGGGACCAAUGGGGCCGUACGUUUGACACCACUAUCACGGUAGCGUACGACUCGGGUUGCACUAUGUCGAGAAAGGUAUGUAUACCAUUUUGAAGGCCCUGUAUCUUGGUAGCUUCACCACAGCCAAUGCCGUAGCCGUAGUAGCCAAUGA